AUGACAGAAGUUAUCUUCGCCAGAUCCUUCCUGACAGCGCUGGACUCGCGUCCGCAGAAGCUGUCAGCCGACCAUGUCGAGGACCCAAAGAGCUACCCGGCCCGGCCGCCUUACAUCCUGCCCCGGAUGCCCAAGCCUAUGUCCAAGGCGGUCUCGCUCGCGCCGGGCCAGGAGCGCAGCAUAACGGUGCGCAUCAAGUCGCUGCGCAACCCGCCCCUCGACAUCAGGCUCAGCUCCCAGCCGCUCAACACCUCCAUCCUUGACGUCAAGACGUCCGUGUCGACCGAGACCACCAUCCCCGUCGACAAGAUCAAGGUCCUGCACAAGAAGAAGCCCGUCGCCGACAGCAAGGUGCUCAAGGACCUGCUGGGAGAGGACGAGACCAGCGUCGAGUUCUCCGUCAUGGUGCUCGGCGGUGCCGCGGCCGCAGCAUCACCGGCCCCCAACAACGAGGACGGUCCAGCCGCCGCCGCCGCCGAUGCUGCCUCGACGGCGCAGGGGACGAGCGGGGAGGCGGUGUUGCAGACGGACGCGUUCUGGACGGACCUGAGGGGUUUCCUGUCCCAGAGGAUACGUGAUGAGAAGAUCACCGAGGAGCUUUUUGGCAAGUUCCUCUCGAGUUGGGAGUCAGGGCGGUAG